AUGAUGAAGAAAUUUGAUAGUGAAGCCUACAUCGUGGAGAAGGGUGCGUACAAUAGGGAGGAGCAUCUCAAGUUGCUACUAAUGGUGCAAAUAAUGGGCAGGGAGGAGGUUAUCAGGUUGCAACUAGUUGGGUUAACAAUGCUCACAAUGGAGAGGGAGGAGGUUCUCAGGUUUCUUCUCAACCUGCAACUGAUGCUCAUCGCAAUGAUGCAUCUCAGGUAA